UUGGGCGCGGAGAAGAUGGCUGGCGGACGUCUGCUGCUGGAGGGCGACUUCCUGUCGCCGCCGCCGCUGCCGCCGCCCCUCCCACCGCCCCUGCCCGAGCCAAUGCUGGAGCAGUGGCGCUGUAGCCACGAAAGUGACCGGCAGUGGGCCCUGCGGCGCAGCUUCAUCUGUCGGCACCUGCACAGCUAUCCCGGGGCUGCCCUAGACCAGCUCCUCGCGCUCUCCGCUGCCUGGACCAACCACGUUUUCCUGGGCUGCAGGUACAGCCCACGCUUGAUGGCAAAAAUUCUCCAAAUGGCUGAAGGUAUUGAUAUUGGGGAGAUGCCUUCAUAUGAUCUGAUGCUGUCCAAACCUUCCAAAGGUCAAAAACGUCACCUCUCAACAUGGGAUGGUCAAAAUCCUCCUAAAAAGCAAGCCGGUUCCAAAUUCCAUGUGAGGCCUCGUUUUGAGCCUGUACAUGUUGUAGCUAGUAGUUCAAAAGAUGAAAGACAGGAAGAUCUUUAUGGCCCUCAAACAAAAGAGGUAAAUGAACAAACACAUUUUGUCAGCAUGCCAAGAGACAUCUACCAAGAUUAUAGUCAAGACUCUUUCAGCAUACAAGAUGAAAAUUCUCAGUAUUGUGAUUCAUCAGUAUUUAUUUUCACAAAAGACCAGCCUGUAACAGCCAACAUGUAUUUUGACGGUGGGAACCCUGCCCCCAGCAGCACAUCACAGCAGGCAAACUGCCAGUCAGCUCCUGAGCCUUCACCAUCACAGGUAUUUCCUGAGUCAGUGGUAGCUGAGAAGCAGUAUUUUAUUGAAAAAUUAACAGCAACUAUCUGGAAGAACCUUUCUAAUCCAGAGAUGACUUCUGGAUCUGAUAAAAUUAAUUACACAUAUAUGUUAACUCAUUGUAUUCAGGCAUGUAAGACAAAUCCUGAAUAUAUAUAUGCUUCUUUAAAAGAAACCCCUCCUGCUGACAUCCCCCAAAAUGAAAAACUUCUAACAGAUGGUUAUGCUUGUGAAGUUAGAUGCCAAAAUAUCUACUUAACUACAGGUUAUGCUGGCAGCAAGAAUGGUUCCAGGGAUCGAGCUACUGAGCUAGCUGUAAAACUCUUGCAGAAACGUAGUGAAGUUAGGGUUGUCUGACGGAAAUUCAAGCACACGAUUGGAGAGGACCUCGUGGUGUGUCAGAUUGGCAUGCCUUCAUAUGAAUUUCCUCCAGCUCUGAAACCACCAGAAGAGCUGGUGGUGCUGGCUAAAGAUGCUUCUGGGCAGCCCCCUGGGCAGCCGAUUUUUAAUGCUUCUGCCAAACACUGGACCAAUGUUAUCCUUACAGAAAAUGCAAAUGAUGCAAUUGGUAUCCUUAACAAUUCUGCCUCAUACAACAAAAUGUCUGUUGAAUACAAAUAUGAGAUUAUGCCAAAUUGUACAUGGUGUUGUCAAGUGUUUUUGCAAGAUCGCUGCUUAGCUGAAGGUUGUGGAACCAAAAAAAAAACAAGUAAACAUGCAGCUGCUGAUGAGGCUUUGAAAAUCCUUCAAAAAACACAACCCACUUACCCAUCUGUCAGAAGUUCACAAUGUCAAACAGGCUCUUCACGGGGAUCUGGGAAGAAGAAAGAUGUAAAGGAUCUCGUAGUUUAUGAGAAUUCUUCAAAUCCUGUGUGCACGCUGAACGACACAGCUCAGUUUAAUCGAAUGACAGUUGAAUAUGUCUAUGAAAGAAUGAUGGGACUCCGAUGGAAAUGCAAGGUGAUUCUAGAGAGUGAAGUAAUUGCAGAAGCAGUUGAAGUGAAGAAAACUGUCAAAUAUGAAGCUGCUGGGGAAGCUGUGAAAACCCUCAAAAAGACCCAGCCGACUGUCAUUAACAACUUGAAGAAAGGAGCUACUGAAGAUGUGAUUUCAAGAAAUGAAAUUCAGGGUCGCUCAGCAGAGGAGGCUUACAAACAACAGAUCAAAGAAGAUAACAUUGGAAAUCAGCUGCUGAGAAAGAUGGGUUGGACGGGUAGUGGUUUAGGUAAAUCUGGUGAGGGCAUUCGGGAGCCAGUCUCUGUCAAAGAGCAGCAUAAGCGGGCAGGGCUUGGUCUUGAUGUAGAGAGGGUAAAUAAAAUUGCCAAGAGAGAUACUGAACAGAUCAUCAGAAACUACGCCCUCUCGGAGAGCCACACGGAUUUAACUUUCUCUACAGAGCUGACUAAUGAUGAGCGGAAGCAAAUACAUCAGGCUGCCCAGAAGUAUGGUCUUAAGAGUAAGUCUCAUGGGGUGGGCCACGAUAGGUACCUGGUGGUAGGUAGAAAAAGACGGAAGGAGGAUUUACUAGACCAGCUCAAACAGGAAGGCCAAGUGAGGCAUUACGAGCGUGUGAUGCCUCAAGCAAAUUGA